CUACCCGAAAAUAAAAAAUCAUCAUAGGUAAGAUACGCCAUAUAAUUGAAAAUACUGGCCACAUUUUUUAAAUUAUUUUUUUAAAGUGCAGAUAAUUUCUCAACCGCAUUUCAGCGUACACUAUCCCUUGUAGCGAGUGCUAAUUAAUGGGCUUCCCUAGGGAUGCAACUAAUUUUGUCCACAUGCGGACAAAUUUGUUAGGAUUUUCUGCCUUUGUGCAGCUACACAGGUGUCUUGCCGUUUUGUUAAAAAAAAUCUGCGUACGAGGCAUUCCGGAAACUGCCGAAGCGAAGAAGCCAUGUUGAUAGCUCAAUGAGAUUGGGUCACCUACUCCAAAAACGCUGUGGCCAGCCCUUGAGGUUGGUGUUGACGAGCAGCGUUUGGGAAGAUGGCUGCUGCAGAACUUGUGUUCUGCCGGGGACCUGGAGAAAAAAGCCAACAAGGGAGACCUGUGCUGAUUGUGGGGCAGCUCGCACAUCUGCACAGACUGACGUGGGACAAAGUCAAGGACAAGUUACCGCCCCCAGUACACGAGCAGGCAUGGAGGACGGCGCUGGGGUCCCUGAGGCCAAACCCGACCGACGUGUGUCCGCUGUGGCUGAACUCGGCUGCCGUGGCGGCUCUCCCCGGUAGAGUCAGCCGACAUAACACCCCCUCCUCGGCGCAUUUCCUCCUGCGGCUGGUGCGCUCUUGCCUCCCCGAGGAAACCAGCCAGCACAUCGUGGUGGUGUGCGAGAGGCCCGCAGUCUUCGCCUCGGCGUGCGCCCUCGCCCGGGCCUCUCCCCUCUUCUCCCGGAGGUCGGGGCGGGGAAGGCCCGGCGAGCCGCGCCGCGUCACGGCGGAGUUCCUGUGCGCGAAACCCGGCGACCAGCCCCUGGCCCUAGAGACGCUGACGUGCUUAUCGAAUGUGGCAGAGAGCAUCCGACUGGCAGCCCGUAUCGUGGACACACCCUGCAGCGAGAUGAGCACAGACGACUUCCUUCAGGAGAUCAGGGAAGUCGGUUCGGAGCUGGGAAUUGUUCCGUCUGUCGUUCGUGGGGAGGAGCUUCAUAAGAAAGGGUUUGGAGGUAUAUACGGCGUUGGGAAGGCUGCAAGGAGCCCCCCUGCCCUGGCUGUGCUCAGCCACGCUCCGGAGGGCGCCACCCAGACCAUCGCCUGGAUCGGAAGUGGGAUAGUGUACAACACAGGAGGGUUAACCCUUAAAGCAAAGACUCUAAUGCCUGGGGCGAAGAGGGAUUGUGCUGGAGCAGCUGCUGUACUUGGGGCUUUCAGAGCAGCUGUUAAGCAGGGUUUCAAGGAAAAUCUACAUGCUGUUUUUUGCCUGGCUGAAAACUCGAUUGGUCCCAAGGCAACUAGGCCAGAUGAUAUUCUUCGAUUGUAUUCAGGAAAAACUGUGGAAGUCAACAACACAGAUGCUGGGGGUCGCCUAGCCUUGGCAGAUGGUGCCGUGUACGCCAGUCGAGAUCUCAAAGCGGACAUCAUCGUGGGUAUCGGAAAUCUUACUGCUGCCCAGGGCGUGGUGACGGGCCGAUACCACGCAGGCCUGCUGACGAACAGCGCGGAGUGGGAGAAGGCCUGUGUGAGAGCCGGCCGGACCAGCGGGGACCUGGUGCACCCCCUCGUCUUCACGCCCGAACUGCACAUCAGUGAGUUUUCAUCCGCUAUGGCUGACAUGAAGAAUUUUGUGAGUGACAGAAGUAAUGCUCAGUGUUCAUGCGCUGGUCUGUUUCUUGGGGCACACAUUGGAUUUAACUGGUCAGGAGUGUGGAUUGAUGUGGACAUGGGCUGUCCUGCGUAUAGUGGAGACAGAGCUACGGGGUACGGCGUGGCCUUCCUUCUUGCGUUGUUCGGACAAGCGGCGGACGACGCCGAGCUGCAGAUGGUCUCCCCUUUGGGGUCGGUAGCGGACGGACACGUGGAGAACUGUGAGCCAGCAGGAAGUGCCCUGAAAAGGAAGAGACUGGUCUAGUCAGUCUGUAAUGGUGACGCAGCACGUAGCGGCGCAGUCCUCCGGGUAACUCGGAGGGUUUCACUCUUACCUACGGACUCAGGCACCUGCCUGUGGCUUUCAGAGUGAAUGCUAAAUGUGGUGCAUAAAUGCCUUGGAAGUGUCAUUUGCUGUCGUGCCUGUUUAAUUUAAUGAUAAAAUAUAUUCAGGCAUGGUAACGGUUUCAGCAUGGAAUCAGAAUUAUUUUUAAGACUCAAGAAUGUGCACGGAUAGGAAUGAAGGUGAAACUGACUUUUGACAUUUCAAAGUGGCAGAAAUAAAAUUGUGUUACUGUUUU